UCUUAUCUAACAGGAGAAUUAAGGACAACACAGGCUUUAGUUAGACAGGCUGGACAGUACUUGCUUGCAGAAUGGAUUCAGUCUUUUCUUUUUUUGGAUCCUAUGUUGACUGGGAUGUCAAAAGUCUGCUGCUCUUCACCACAGUUUUUAUCCUCACUGCGGAUUUUAUUAAGAACCGUCAGCCAAACAGUUUCCCUCCAGGACCCUGGGCAUUACCUAUUUUGGGUAACAUAUUCACUUUGGAUUACACCAGGAACCAUGAAUUUUUGACGCAGUUAGCAGGGAAAUAUGGAAAUGUGUAUAGUCUGCGAAUCGGUCAAGCCUGGUUGGUGGUGUUAAACAAGUUUGAUAUUCUGAAAGAAGCUUUGGUAAAUCAGAGAGACAGUGUGGUGGACCGUCCACCUCUCCCCCUGGUGCUGGAUUUAACUGAUGGACUAGGGAUACUUCUGAGGAGUGGGCAUGCAUGGAAGGUGCACAGGCGUUUUGCUCUUUCAACCCUAAGAAACUUUGGAUUAGGCAAGAAGGCAGCGGAAGAUGUCAUCCUGGAUGAAUUUACACAUAUUGCAAAAGCUUUCAACAGCUAUAAAGGUAAGCCAUUCAAUCCACACAUCCUCAUCAACAACGCUGUCUCCAACAUCAUCUCCUACCUGGUUUUCGGCCAUCGCUAUGAUUACAGUAAUGAGAAGUUCCAGAAACUGAUAAUGGUUUUUGGAGAAGGACUCCGGAUUCAAACCUCCAUUUGGUCACAGUUUUAUAAUACAUUCCCGUUCCUAAUGAGACGUCUGCCAGGGCCACAUCAGACAGUCCAGCACAUGUGGAAGGAUGUAAAGGACUUCAUAAGAGAAGCGAUUAGGGAGCACAAGCAGAACUGGGAUCCCUCAGACCAGAGAGACUACAUCGACAGCUUCCUGAAUGAGAUGGGAAAGGGGCCGGCAGAUGAUGAUUUUGAUGAGGAAAACCUUGUUAUGUGUGUCCUGGAUCUGUUUGCUGCUGGCACUGAGACCUCAUCCACCACCUUGCGCUGGGCUUUCCUUUACAUGGCAAAGCACCCUGAGAUCCAGGAAAAGGUCCAGGCUGAGAUAGACAGUGUGAUUGGACAGUCCAGACAGCCGUCCAUGGAAGAUCGUGCUAAAAUGCCCUACACUGAUGCUGUUAUACAUGAGGUACAGAGGAUUGGCAACAUAGUUCCCCUAGCCCUGCCUCAUUAUACCACCAAGGACAUGCAGCUGGGAGGCUACACCAUCCCAAAGGGAGUUACAAUAAUCCCCAAUCUGACCUCGGUGCUGUUUGACAAGACUGAGUGGGAGACGCCCGACACCUUUAACCCAGGACACUUUCUGAACAAGGAGGGCAAGUUUGUGAAACCAGCUGCUUUCAUUCCGUUCUCUGCUGGUAAGCGGUUGUGUCCCGGUGAGAGCCUGGCCAAGAUGGAGCUUUUCCUCUUCUUCACCUCCUUCAUGCAGCACUUCACCUUCUCCAUGCCUGCUGGAGUGAAGCCUGACAUGGACUUUCUCUUUGGCAUCACUCUUUCACCACGCCAAUAUGAAAUCUGUGCAACACCAAACUUUGAGUAAAAAAGGGUUAAUUACUGUUUUUUUCUUUUGUCACCACUUAUAAUGAUGUCACUGAUCAGGUUUAGUGAAUAUAUUAAUCGUUUGGCUUAAGUUAUAGAUGACUUCUCAGGGUGCACUGCAGAUACAGUGUCUCUUUCAGGCUGCAAGACUGUAAUAUAGUUAUAUAGUUUAUAUAUGUUUGAAUAAUUACAAGAAGGCAGAUAGCCAUCACAAACUUUGAACGAGACUUGGACAGCUGUUGGCCUGUCUAUGUCAUAAGUACAGUAACUGGCCAAUAGAAUCCAGUUGCAUGUAAGUCCAACUUCUGUAGAGGAUAAAAUGUGAAUUAUUACAGAAAUAAGGGCUCAUUCUGACUGGCAUCCUGCAAGAGCAAUAUUAGUCAGGCGGCUUAGGACCAGAUUUAAGAAUAAAGGGGACAUGCCGGACAAAAGCACCACAUUUUUUCCACAUGCUCUCCAUCACCAUAGGUUUAAAUUUUUGGUAGGAGCCACUUCAUCAAGAUUGUGGAUCAGAGAUGGCACCCAUAUAAAGUCUAUGAGAACCAAUAUAUCUUCCAAUCCACUUAAAAGGUCAAUUUUGGUGUCAAAAUAUGCAUUUUCUGGGUCAAGGAAUCAUUUAAAGCUAGAGAAUGUCACUAGAGAUCUGACGUGAAAUUAAAGCGUUCCCUUGAUUUUUUUUUGAGCAGUGUACAUUGCAGCUAAUCCACACUCU